GGGGGCUGCGGAGAGGCCGUCAGCAGAGUAUUGCAGUGAUACAAUGACUUUUGCCAAUUGAUAAUUCUUACAGCUUCCCUCUUGUGUUUUCACGAAUCAUUCUCAAGUUUUCUUAGUAAAUUUCAGCAAUGCGCUCUUCGCCCUCACUGCUCUUUCGAGCUGUAAGAGCUCUCCAACAUGAAAAUCCUUUGGGACUUCCCCGAUCAGGCACUCCGCCAAGCUGGCCAAAACGGCCGCAGAAGCGGAAGAUUGCUGGAGUAGACAAGGUGAUUGCGGUAUCUUCCGCCAAAGGUGGUGUUGGCAAAAGCACCGUUGCCGCAAACCUAUCACUGGCUUUUGCCAGACUAGGAUACCGCGCCGGAAUACUAGACACAGAUAUUUUCGGCCCAUCCAUUCCUACCUUAUUCGAUCUAUCAGGGGAGCCCAGGCUAUCCAACAACAACCAAUUAGUACCGUUGACAAAUUAUGGCGUCAAGACAAUGUCGAUGGGCUAUCUGGUGGGAGAGAGUGCCCCCGUCGUAUGGAGAGGGCCAAUGGUUAUGAAGGCGAUUCAGCAGCUUCUUCACGAAGUAGAUUGGGGUGGUUUGGAUAUCCUUGUUUUGGAUCUGCCUCCCGGAACAGGAGACACGCAGUUGACUAUUACUCAGCAAAUCAUCCUGGAUGGAUCCGUCAUCAUCACUACACCACAUACUUUGGCAACAAAGGAUGCAGUCAAAGGCAUAAACAUGUUUAAAACAGUUGGCGUCAAUAUCCUCGGCGUGGUCCAAAACAUGUCUCUGUUUAAUUGCCCACACUGUCAUCAGGACACCCAUGUUUUUGGAUCAAACAAGAAAGUUGAGAAGCUGUGUCAAGAGAAUGGGAUUGACUUUCUAAGAGACAUUCCUCUUCAUCCCAAUAUCGGCGAUGACGGGGAAAGGGGGAAGCCGACUGUCGUUUCUGAGCCAUCCAGCGAACGAGCAUCAGCCUUCCUUGAUAUUGCUAGAGCUAUUUGCCCCAAGAUUGACCUGAAGGAGGUCGGGAGCCAUAAUCACUAACUUUCUUUCUCGACACGGUAACAAAUCUAGACGGCAUAUUCGGGAAUUUCAACAUCGUCUGAUGAAACGUGGUCGUUGAACCUGCCAUCGUAACUUAGCAAUCCAUUGCUGAUCCCAAAGGGGGGCCUGUUCUUGGAUGAAACAUCUGGUGAUUUGCCAAAGCUGUCAAAUUGCAAUCAAUAUUCC